AUGUCAAGGAAGGGAAACGGAACAGGGAACGUGGGAUCAGACACAAAGACAUGGUUAAGUGCUGCUCUCUCCAACCAAGAUACUUGCAUGGAAGGCUUCGAUGGUACCUCUGGUCUCGUCAAAACCCUUGUCGCUGGCAGUCUUGAUCAACUAUAUUCUAUGCUUAGGGAUCUGUUACCACUUGUUCAACCCGAGCAGAAACCCAAGCCCAUUUCUAAACCUGGCCCAAUUGCUAAAGGACCAAGGGCCCCACCAGGCCGGACACUCAGAACCACCGACGACGACGAAAGCCGUCGAUUCCCUGACUGGGUCAGAUCGAACGAUCGGAAACUGUUAGAAACAAACGGGCUGAGUUACGACGUAAGCGUAGCACUGGACGGGACUGGCAACUUCACCACGAUAAUGGACGCCAUAAAGGAAGCUCCUGAUUACAGCUCGAAACGUUACGUUAUAUACAUUAAAAAAGGUUUAUAUUUGGAGAAUGUUGAGAUCAAGAAGAAGAAAUGGAACCUCGUAAUGUUAGGUGAUGGCAUUGACUUGACCGUUAUUUCCGGUAACCGCAGCUUUGGCGACGGUUGGACCACAUUCCGAUCCGCUACAUUCGCUGUAAGCGGAAGAGGGUUCUUAGCGAGAGAUAUAACGUUCCAGAACACGGCGGGACCAGAGAAGCAUCAGGCCGUAGCACUGAGGUCGGACUCUGACCUCUCGGUGUUUUUCAGAUGCGCGAUGAGAGGUUAUCAAGAUACACUUUACACGCACACAAUGCGCCAGUUCUACCGCGAGUGCACCAUCACUGGAACGGUAGAUUUUAUAUUUGGGGAUGGGACCGUUGUGUUUCAAAACUGUCAAAUUUUGGCUAGAAGAGGACUCCCUAACCAAAAGAACACUAUCACUGCACAAGGCCGCAAAGAUCCUAACCAACCCUCAGGAUUCUCGAUUCAGUUCAGCAAUAUCUCGGCGGACGCAGACUUAGUAGCAUACCAAAACACGACACACACGUAUCUAGGAAGGCCAUGGAAGGAGUACUCAAGGACAGUUUUCAUAAGGAACAACAUGAGCGACGUUGUGAGACCCGAAGGAUGGCUCGAGUGGAACGCCGAGUUUGCUUUGGACACACUCUUCUACGGAGAGUUCAUGAACUACGGGCCUGGUUCUGGACUCAGCACCCGAGUCAAAUGGCCUGGUUACCACGUGUUUAACAACUCGGGCCAGGCUUACAACUUCACCGUUUCUGAGUUCAUUAAAGGAAAUCUUUGGCUGCCUUCUACGGGGGUAGCGUUUACUGAUGGCUUGGGCAUCUAA